AUGGAACAUCUACCUCUUGUGGACAUACUGAGAGUGUUCAACAACCCGAUCAGUGAGGAGCAAGCUUGGGCCGUCUGCUACCAGUGCUCCCAGUUCUUGCUUGCCCACCCACUCCAGGAGUUCCUCCAGUUCAUUGUUGAUUCCGGGAUCCACAGCAUCUGGGUCAGCAAACAAGGAGAUGUUCUAGUCCAGGCGAGAGAGAUUGAAGCUGCCACACAUGUUGAGCAUCGUCCGCAAGAACCCCAACACAUGUACCUCUGUUUGAGGGUCUCCAUCCUGUGUGGUAAUUCUAGUUACACACUCCCUCGAUGGCUAUCAUUACCCCUCCGCAAAUUUCCUCCUGCUGUCCAGGCACUUGGCGCAAUCAUUUUUGAAACCCUAGACUACGGCAUUGAUCCGUCUGAAGAACGUGCAUUGAGCCACGAGUUGGAGUCACUGAUUGCAGCCAUGACUAAACCCGAGAACUCAUCGGAGGUGGAGCUGGAGGCGGUCAACGCUGCUGCUGCUGAUGAUGAGGGCAUUGUGGGCGAUGCUGAUGUUGAACAUGGAUUUUGCAUACAGGAUGUUAUCAGGAUUUGCAACCAACACGUCACUAGUAGCCAGGAUGCACAGCACCAUUACCGAGCUGUGUGUCGAGCUCUAGCCACGGAGGCCAGCGAGCUGUUCACAUUUCUAGACAAGAUUGCCUCGGCCAAAGAGAAACUAUCACACGACAAAGAUGUGGACGCCAAGAGACUGGAAGAACUCCAAACAGCUGACUGGGCUUGUCUGUGGGUGCAGGUGAUGAGGUCUCUAAGACAGGGUGUUCGUCUGAAGAAGGUAGAGCACAUUCACCUGCCCCCUUUAGAGUACGAGCUCACACCCUUUGAGAUACUUCUGGAAGAUAUUCGCUUACGCAGAUACACGCUGCAUAAAAUUAUGGUGAACGGGGAUAUUCCUGAAAGGGUAAGGAAGGACGCUCAUGACGUCAUCCUGGAGUUCAUCAGAUCCCGCCCUCCUCUGAGAAAGGUUGGCGAUCAGAAACUGAAAAAGCAACGAUCACAUUCGCCGAACCUACACGAACGUUUAUUACGGGAAAUACGAUCUAAACCUAAGCUUCGACCUGUCAGAGGUGGCAAACUGGUGG